AUGCGGCAAGAUGAAUCUGAACUUAAUAAUAUAUUUGGAGGAAACAGUCAGCUGCUAACACUUGGACUGGGACUGUUGGCCACUGCAUUAGCUGCUACAUAUGUCACACGACUUGCAAAGCUCGCCUCAUUCCGUCAGAACACCCAAUAUGGAAUUCGUUUCCAUCAAAAGACAAUUCGAAAUGU